GGGCGGCGCGCGCGCGGGCGGUGAAUCAGUCGGUCGGUCAGUGAGUGAGGAGCGGCGCGAACAUGAACUGUCUGACCGUGCCCGGUGUGCACCCCGGCUCGCCCGGCCGCCCGCGUGGGCAGAUCCAGGUGAUCUUCGGCCCCAUGUUCUCUGGGAAGAGCACUGAGCUCAUGCGGCGGGUGCGGCGCUUCCAGCUCGCUCAGUACCGGUGUCUGCUGGUGAAGUACGCCAAGGACACGCGCUACUGCACCACCGGCGUCUCCACACAUGACAGGAACACCAUGGAGGCCCGCCCUGCCUGUGCCCUUCAGGAUGUGUACCAGGAGGCGCUGGGCUCUGCGGUCAUUGGCAUUGACGAGGGGCAGUUUUUCCCAGACAUUGUGGAGUUUUGUGAAAAGAUGGCCAACACUGGGAAAACCGUCAUCGUUGCUGCUCUUGAUGGGACUUUCCAAAGAAAGGCUUUUGGGAGCAUCCUCAACCUGGUCCCUCUGGCUGAGAGCGUGGUGAAGCUGAACGCUGUCUGCAUGGAGUGCUACCGAGAGGCCUCCUACACAAAGAGGCUGGGAGCAGAGAGGGAGGUUGAAGUGAUUGGAGGAGCAGACAAAUACCACUCUGUCUGCCGAGCUUGCUACUUCCAGAAGAGGCCUCAGCAGCUUGGGUCAGAAAACAAGGAGAAUGUGCCCAUGGGGGUGAAGCAGCUGGAUAUGCCAGCCUCACGAAAGAUCUUUGCUUCUUGAUUGCUGCGCUCCAGCGUGGAGAGGGAUGGAUACAAAGAAAGAAGAUAAAUGUUGCAGCUCCUGGACUUCAGGUCUUGCUUCCCCCCUUUUACCAAAACUGUCAUAUGCCAUAGCUCUACCUGCCAAACCAAGCUGCUCUUCCUCUGCUCCAAGUACCAGGAAAGAGGGCAAUUAGCUGGACCUGGUGGCAGGGAGAGCUGAAACAGAAUCUGACUAAAAGAGAGUUCCUUUCCCAGUACGUGGAAAAGAGGUUUAAUUACUGAUGCUGCCAUACAGAUGUGCUGGAAAGCCACCACCCCAAUCCAGGCUGUGGGGCACUGACAACUUGCCAUAGCUCUUCUGGUCUGCUCUCUGCUCCUGGCACAUGUUCAGACUUGCCACUGGUAGCCAGGUCAUUUGCCACCAAACAGCAAUUUUUCUCUCAUGUGCUGUUGCUAAAUUCUGGGUUUCUUAAGACAGUGUACAGUAACUUGACUUCCUAAAGCCAUUUCCUUUUUAAUAGAGCCUGAGGAGAUUCUCCUUCCCUUACUGUAGAACAGUGGCACUACUUCAACUGACACAUUGCAGCAGCCUGGCCCUCUGCAGUCUCUUAACAAUUGUGUAUAGCCAAUUAGCUUGCUGUUAAAUCUGCUGUAAAUACAUGGGGUUUUUUUGUUUGUUUGUUUUUAAAUGGAGGAGAGGAGAAGGAAGGCUUGACUUGUCAGCCCGACUCCUAGGCUCAUUCUAGCCUUUGAAAUUAAAAAGGAUUUUCUGCACAAGCUUGGUGCAGCCACUUUGUAAGGGUUAGUGACCUCUGGAGGGUUUGGGGGAUCAGGAAUUAAACUGUAUAGAGUUGGGCUACCGUUCCUGUGAAGAUGCAGCUACCUGGAAAAGGGUCUUUUUGAGUGGAUGGUUCUCAGCUCUAGUCUUGUGUUCCGCUUCCUCCUCAGCCUUCCAAGAAUCCUUGAGCCUGCUGCUUUCCUUGCUGUAACACCUGAAGAAUCCUCUCCCGUUGCUUGAUGUAGCUUCUGGAAGGAAUUUUUACUGCUUGUAUAAAGUGCUUUUUCUCAUCAGAUUCCUUGAGCUCUGAGCGGUAGCUCUUGGUUCUGGCUGGGCUUUGGUCAAUCCCCUCUCAAAUACAGUGCUCUCUCCAAUACUUGUUUACCAGUGUAUUGAGGAGGAGGCAGCUGCCCAGGUGGUUACAAGACUGAAACCUCGCUUCCUUGGUGUUAACAAACAAUUACAGCUAUGGUGUUCACAAAAGCUCAUCAGGCCUGGGCUUUCUCCUUAGGGACGGGGGACAGGCAGCAGUGCUUGUAUUCUACAUUAAUAAAUAACUUAAUGAAAUUA